GCAACAUGGCGGCCCUCAUUGGAAAAGUUCGUCAAACGACAUGGCUUUUACCGCAUGUCCUGAGAGGUUUUAUUCAAAGUUUACCAAAGGCCAAUAAAAAAAAUGGUAUGGACUUGUUUCAUAGAAACACAACAGUGACAUUUAGGACUAUUGCUUUCACAGUUAGAGACCAGUCAUCUUCUAAAAUUAAAAUACCAAGUUCUAAAAAGACUGCAGAAAAAUCUAGCUCAAAAAAGAGGAAAAAGAAAAGUGCCAACAAAAAUGAGACUCAAUCUACAGUAACUUCUAAACAAAGCAGAAAUGACAUGGAUGAGUCAAUGAGCAUCACAGAUGGUUUAGAAGCUACUAAAGAAUAUGGUACAGAAAGUCUAAAUUCUUCCCUGUCCAAUACAGAAACACACACAUUGAAAGUUUGGGUCCUGGAUGGUCAGGGAAGGUGGGUCAGAAGGAACGUCCAGUCAUCUUCUUUUGAUGAAGCUUCUACAGAUAUAGGUAAAGAUUUUCAGACCAACAGGCCCCAGGUGAAACAGAUCUGGUCUAUUCCCAAUGUUUACAGGUCCAGUGAAGUUCAGACAUUUAUCUCCGAGGCCCAGGGCUCUGUUUUGAUUCACUGUUAUCCGGAUACGUGUUACCAUCUUAUAGCAAUGUGUGAGAGACUGGGUACAGUGUCCAGGGCUGUCAUCGUAAACCGUAAAACUGUUUUAGUUACUUAUGAAAAUGCGAGUGAUGUCACAAAAAUGAUUUCUGAAGUUAAUAAAAAUCCCAACACUUUUAAUAUGAUGCAGCUUGAGAAAAGGGUAUUUAAGGUUACAAAGAAGACACUAAGGAAAGCCACUAAUCAGGAGCCAAAAUGUCAGAAUGUGAAUGAGCUGUCACAAACAAAUCUCUACGAAAAGUUAAAAAAUAAAAACCUUGGAGAUCAGAUGAGAGUGUUAGGAGAGAGAGGGGGUAAUAUAACUGACAGACAACGAGUCUGGUUCUUUAUCACCCAGUGUAUACAAGACAUUGUCGACCUCACUCAUCCUGAUCAUCAAGUGUUACCUUUUGGAUCAGUUGUCAAUGGAUUCACCACAGAAAACAGUGAUUUAGAUCUGGUUGUAGUGAAAGAGGGCCAUAAUAAAAAAGAUGAAGGAAUCAAACUUCUGAUGAAAAUACAUACAGCAUUAAAGAGACUUCACUCAUAUAAGAAUAUCAAUCCUAUAUUAAAUGCUCGAAUUCCAAUUAUCAAAUUCCAUCAUCCUGUAACAGGAGUUCACGGUGAUAUUUCUUAUGGGAACAAUACUGGAAUAAAUGCAUCCAUAUAUCUGAAUGCCAUUAGUGUAUUUUCACCGAGUGUAGUACCAUUCAUACUGACAGUCAAGCAAUGGGCGACACACUAUGUGAACUGGUUCCCUCAGAAGUUUGUCUUCACGGCCCUAGCUCUGUUCUAUUUACAACAGUGCCAGGUCAUUCCACCAGUAGGAAGUCUCAAGAUUGAACCUGAACCUUCAUUGGGGUCCAGAAAAUGGGAAUGUGAUGUUGGGGUGUCACCAGAAGAUUUACUCUAUGGCUACUUUAAAUUUUAUGGACAGUUUGAUUUCCAUCACAAUGAAAUCUGUUUAGAAACUGGUACAGUCAUCCCAAAAAGAGUGUUCUUUGAUAACAAGAUUGUGAAUCCUUUUACGAAUGGUGAGAUUAACAGCUAUGAAGACAUUAUAUGCAGACUAAAUGAAGACAGUAUUAGCGGUAUUCAGAGCAGUAUGAAGGAAUCACUACGAGUAUUAACAAAUUCACCAAACUCUUUCAUUUUAGGCAAAAGAAGGAAUCUAUGAUAAAUUGUGCUAAAAAAAUU